CAGCCUUUCUCUCCUGACAAGCAACACAUCACAUCUGUGAACUUUGCUAUCAACGCUUAGCUUUCUGUCAACCCUCACUUCACUUCACUUCAUAUUCAGUUCAUACAAACCAUCAACUCAUCAACAACUCAUUGUCAGUCAUCUGGCUUUGCAAACAGACUGUUUUCCAUUACAGGGGGUCGCGCGGCCUAGGACGAGGCUGAUAUAAUACGACCCAUCUUAUCGGGGAUAACCAAACAAAACCCCCAACACCUCCCAUCCACCCCAACCCGCGCACCUCCCACCUCCAGACCAAAAUUCCCUCGUCUUGAGCUCGAGGUAACCGCGUCCACAUCCACGAAACAAUAACGCGUCUUGCUCUCCAUCCCUCGCAAUCGCACACAUCGCAUGAUAUAACCCUUACAUAGCCUCGCCCUCUCUACCCAGCAUGGCUGCAACUCUGCUCUCCAUGGUCAAUACCGCGACGCGUUGCGACACCCCCGAGUCAACCCUGAGCCACACCCUCGCCUCAUCCAACGCGCAAUCCUCGUCCUCGACGCCGCCAACCAGUAUCGCUGACUCGACGAGCGUGGCGUCUCCUAGAUCGAAGCGCGACGGGCCGUUGUUGUCGAUCUUCGAUGCUCACAUUGACGACGAGGAGUACCCCAUUGACGAAGAUCGGGAUGAGGAUGAUGAACAGGAGGACGGCAGUGGCCGACCGAGACGUGCCAGGAAGAUUACGGUGAAGGCGGCGGAUUGGGCGGAGAGCGUCACGUCAUCGGCGAAGAAGGCGCGUAGUGAGAGGGGAGGAUCUGUGACGCGUCGCUGUACGGUUUCGGGUGAGACGUUGGUGAGCUCGCAUGAAGAUGGUGAUUUCUCUACGGAGGAGACGAAUGGGGAUGAGACACGCGAAGUUGUGGAGGAUGGUAUUGAAUUGCAAUUGCCAGCUAGGAAGUUACAAAAAUCCCGCAGCGCAAUGAGCCUGGGGGGUGAGAGCAGCCUGGGCAAGAAGAGUCGAUUUAUGAAAGAUGAGGCAGCGAGACGCAAGUCUGCACGCUUCACGAAUGAACCGACUGAGAGCCUUACUAAGAAGCUGAGCGUGCUUGGGAAGAGAGGCCGCGACGCAGUUGACGAGGCUUCGUUCAAGAUUAAGCGCGAGCUUAAGAGGUUGGCUGAUACCAAUGAGUUUGCGAAGAUCGAGACAAAGCCUGUUGUACACGAGGUGUGGAGCUGCGGGAAGCUUGUUACCGGCAAUGAACCGCCCAAGAAGAAGAAGGAGAAGAAGGCUGAGGAAGCUGUUGUCGUAAACCAGGUAUGGAGCCGCGGCAAGCUUCUCACUGAGGUACAGCCAAAGAAGAAGGCCGAGGAGCCUAUUAUCAUCCACGAAGUCUGGAGCUGCGGCAAACUCGUCACUGGCAACGAGCCACCCAAGAAGAAAGCCAAGAUCGAGAAGGUUAAAGAGCCCGAACCCGAGCCUGUCGAGGAGGUGCCUGAAGUUAAGAAAGUCAAGAAAUGGUUGAACAGAGGUCUCUACGCGGGACAAGAAGCUAUCGUAGACCUUUCACACUCCUACACGGCUAAGGAGAGAAAGGCAAUGGCAAAGGCCAACGCCGAAGUAAAGAGACGCAGCAUCCUCCCCCUCCCCCUCUGGGCAGGUCAACGCAUCCUCCUCAACGGCCGUGACUUCAAGCUUCCCUUUGACGUGUGCUCGCCCCUCCCACCCGGACAGCCAAAGCCAGAUGAGUGGAGGAAGACAACAAAGAACCGCUUCAUUGGCGAUGCCGCCGCCCUCUGGAAGAAAACCAAACAUUUUAGCGACUCGGACUCGCGCUGCAUCUGCUCCCCCUCCACCGGCUGCGGGGAGGACUGCUAUAACCGCAUGAUGCUGUACGAGUGCGACAACGGGAACUGCCCCCUCGGCGCUGAACUCUGCGGAAACCGCGCAUUUGCAGACUUGCACGAGCGUCGUGCCAAGGGAGGCAAGUACCGUGUCGGCGUGGAGGUGAUCAAGACAGAGGAUCGUGGGUAUGGUGUUAGGGCGAAUAGGUGUUUCCAGGAGGGCCAGAUCAUCGUGGAGUAUACGGGGGAGAUUAUUACGGAGCCGGAGUGUCAGAGGAGGAUGAGGGAGGAUUAUAAGAAUAAUGAGUGCUACUACCUCAUGCUCUUCGACCAAAACAUGAUCAUCGACGCCACCCGCGGCUCCAUCGCCCGCUUCGUCAACCACUCCUGUGAACCGAACUGCGAGAUGGUCAAAUGGAUCGUAGGUGGUAAACCGCACAUGGCCCUCUUCGCUGGCAAGAAUCCAAUCAUGACUGGGGAGGAACUCACGUAUGAUUAUAAAUUCGACCCCUUCUCUUCGCGAAACGUGCAGGAAUGUCGCUGUGGCGCCGAGAGCUGUAGGGGCGUGCUUGGCCCUAGACCGAAGGAGGUUAAGAAGGUGGAGGCCGUCAAGGGUGUCAAGGGGGUUGUUAAGGGGAUGAAGGGGGUGAUGAAGAAGGGGAAGAGGAAGUUGAAGGAGUUGAUGGGUGGGGAUGCCGAGGAGAAAGUGACUAAGAAACGCAAGAUCCUCGUCCCCGUCGGGAAGUCCAAAGUCAAGCCCACGAAGUCCGCGAAGGCGAUGGCGAAGGCUAAGAAAGUCGCUAAGAAGAUGGGCAAGGUCGGCGCUUCUGCUGCCACUACUGCGGCGAAGAAAUCACCAAAGGCGGCUGCUAAAUCUCCUAAACCGGCCAAAUCCCCAAAAGGCGGCCUCAAGCAAGCGAAGCUGUCAUUUGGGAAUCAGCAAUUGACUGUCGUGGCUGAUGAGAGUGCGAGUCCCAGCCCAAAGAAGGCCAAGAAAGAGACGCCGGUGAAGGUAGUGAAGCCCAGGAAGAGCGGGAUGGUGGUGGUGAAGAGACGCGGGACGAAGGUCGUGAUGAAGAAGGGCGUUAGGGGGGAGGGGAAGAAGACUAUUGCGAGGAAGGCGGCUGCUGCUGCUGCUGCGGCUGCUGCUGAGACGGCGGCGCUUAUGGAGGCAGCGGCGGCAGCGCAGUGAACUCAUCGACAGGCAUUUUAUUCAUUGUUUUCAACAUCAAGCAUGCCCGUUACGGCAUGCACGCACACAUUAUCAGGUUCAACAUUAGCCCUGGAGUCCUGGAGUUUUCGGAGUUUGUUUUUGCCGUUGUUGUUGCUUUACUUCACAUCGUCGAUCGUCUUCAUCAUACGCGCGAAGUCUUCUUUUGUUUGUUGGUGGUGGUGGGUGGAUGGUUGGUUGGUUAUGCGUGGGCUGAGCGUAGUGGGGAGGCUACGCGUGAACCCGAAAGCCAUGGUGGGAAGGUGAUGAUGCGGAAUGGAUAGGAGCAGGGGAAGAUAGUGAGGAGGAAGGUGAUGAUGAGGAAAGGGAAGGGAAGGGAUGUGAUACAUAGAAUACGGACGAGCAAACCUUUGUAAGAAUAGGAAUUAAGAGCCCUGAACUGAACCGGGAAUAGCUGGGAAGUUACUGGGAGCUGGAGUUGGGGAAUUUGAGAUAUGUGUGUUCUUUUCUGCUGCUGCUGCUGGGUUAUGUGCAGCGAUUUGUUAGGGGUGGUUGUGUGAUUGUGACCGUAGUGAGGGUGAGGGUGAGGGGUGUCUGUGUGGUGCUGUGUGUGAUGCCAUGAUGGUGGUGGUGGAGUAGUGACGCGGGUGUGUUAUGCACCGUGAUCUGUACACGCACUUCU